UGUGAGGUUGUGUUUAGCAGUGCGGCCAGCUUGUCAAAUCACCGCUGUUCCCGGGCUCAGAUAACACAGAAAGGUGAGACCCCAGCCACUCGGGGCAAGCAGGUGAAGAAAAGCACCAGGAGAGGAGGAAGCAGCCAGCCAACUCCUACGCCCUCUACUUCAGGUAAGAGGUCAAGCACCAGCAGGGUUGAGCCACCCACAUCUCAGCCAGAGAAGGCUAAAACCAGUGUCAAGGAGGAGCUGAAGUCGCCCGCGUCCACCUCUGAAUCAGAGGAGUCAGAGGUCUUCUCCCUCUCUCCAGAGCGGAGAAGCCCGCGGUCCAGCCCUAGGGGGCGUGGAAGUGGAUACACGUGUACAGUUUGCCAAAAGGUUUUUCAUAGCCCCGGGAAGCUAAAGCAGCACUCUUAUUCACAUACGGGGGAAAGACCUUUUUCUUGUGACCUCUGCCAUAAGGCAUUUUCAUCUCGUUUUAAGUUAGUGCGGCAUCAGCUAAUCCACACGACUGAGCGCCAGCACCAGUGCCCGUCAUGUGAGCGUAGUUUUCACCGCAAGGACCACUUGAAGAAUCAUAUACAGAUUCAUGACCCAAACAAACAGUUCAAAUGUGAGAGGCCUGAUUGUGGCAAAGAGUACAAUUCUUAUAUGUCCUAUAGAAAACAUUGUGCAGUGCAUGCUGCAGAAGAAGGAGAUCUUCAGUGUAAAAUUUGUCAAAAAAUGUUUGAAACAAAGGCAGACCUUAUCUACCACCUUAAGGUUCAUGUUGGAUCUCGGUCUGUCAAGAGUCCAAGUGAAAAGAAGUUUCAGUGUGAUCACUGUGAACGUCGUUUUUUUACCCGAAAAGAUGUUAAAAGACACCUUGUUGUUCACACUGGAAAACGAGACUUUAGUUGUACCUUAUGCCCACAGAAGUUUGGAAGAAAAGACCACCUAGUUAGACACAUAAAGAAAAGUCAUGGAAUUUUGGACAUAAGUCGUAUGGAAGGUUUGGAAUUGAGUGCUACUCCUGGGUCAUCCUCUGCUCCUCAAGCACCAUCUCCUAGUGCAAGUGUUGCCUCAUCCCCCCCUACCUCUGAACACCAGCAGUUGCCUAUGGUACUUUUACCUGAACCAGUAGCAGGUCCCUCGGGCCUUUCUGGCUCAGCAAGUAUUUCAGGUGCUACAGGCCUUAUCGGAGCAGGGAGUGAGCCAGAGUUCAUCACCUCCCACUUCCAACAAGAAUUCCGAUUGUUUGAAGAGAGCAUCAAGGAGGAGCCCGAGCUGCAACCCAGCGUAGAAGAGAUUGGCCCAGGGGGAGAUGACCUCAGCAAGAUGUUGGGGAUGUACUUCCCAUCAGGAUCUAUCAACUUGUCGGGAACAUCCUUGUUGGAGCCGGCAGCAGCUCAGCGUGCUGAAGUAGAGUCCCAACGAAGCUUACUGGAGUCAGCCCUCUUGCGCAUGCCACCCGAUGACCAAAAGGAGACUGUGAUGCUAGGGCAGGAGGAGAGCUUCUCUAGAGAGUCUCUGCACACCAGAUCCCUCUUCUCAGGGUCCCAGAGUGGGGACUUUAGUCAGGAAGGAAUGAUGUCAGCAGAGCUCCUCUCGGGUGACUCUUCAGGUGUUUCUGGGAGGUCGGUGCAUUCCCCAGCAACACCACUGGCCCAACCUCAAGGGAGUGAGAUUCCUGCUGUCACAACUGCCGCCACGACCACAAGUGCCGCAGUCACCACAACUGCCUCGCUUCUGCCCUCACUGCCAGGUUUUGACCAAGUGUUCCCAUAGUGGAUGCGGAAUCUGUGAUACAAGCAGAGAUUGUACCUUGACUUACACAGGGAAGGAAUUAAAAGUGCACAUGGAAGUAGUCUAACAUAAACAGGCAGGGUUCUUGUUUUUUCUUCAUCUUCAUAUACUUCUUCUUUCCUUGUAAGAUGAUAUGAACAUGUAUGCAUGUAUGUAUGUAUAAAUAGGAAGACCGUAUGCUGAAAUAUCUAGUGGAUUUCCGAAGAGGUAUGAAGACCACUGGCAUCAA